AAAAUGUGCUCGAGCGUGAGGUGGUGGUGGUUACUUGGUUGAUAGUGAGUGUAGCUCGCCUCACUCCGUCUACGUUAUUAUUUUGGCCCUUCAGCCUUCUUUUAAGCGGUUUUUCUGCCCAUGUCUUCAUUAAAAUUCACCCUGAAAGGGAAAAGUAAUUUUAUUGUUUCAUUAUGUUUACAUGAUGCUUCUAAUUAAUACAUUAAAUAAAUGCUUCCCACAGUUUCUAUUCAAAAUAUAUUUUUAUACUUGGUGUUUUAUUUUAAUUGUGAAAGUUUGUAAUCAAAAGAAUGUGAUGUGUAUGAUAAAUACAACCUACAGAAGUCACACACCAAACAGUGGAUUAUGUGAAAACAACUCCAUGUCAUGUAGUCAUCAGUUGAGGAGCGAAAACUCGAAUGUGACUAAUGACACUUGUUAUAUGAUAUUCCACCAAAAACUAUCCCCAGUAUGUGAGAGUAACAGCAUCCUCGAAGGGAAAAUCGAUGAGAAGGAGGAAUAUGGCAAAAUGAUGCUGCAAACGUAUGUACAUCGGGAGAAAAAUUUCAACUCAGGUCCAGCCUUCAAUGUUUCAUUCUACGAUAUUAAGUGGAAGAAGAUCUACAUGAGAUUCAUCGAAAACCAGGUGAUAAACCCAUCUCUAUGCCGUGGGUUUCAAGUAAUUCCAGAAAUUUCUUCUUCAUUCACUUUAUACUUUGACUGCCUGUGGAGUACUGAAAUAGAGCAAAAGGCUUACCACUUUGAAUAUCAAGCUUUUACACCUUCCGGAGAGUCUUUCACUUAUAAAUAUCUUUUUCUUGUUCCUAAUGGUGAACAAAUUGACUACAAAACUCCUUUGGAAAAUUGGACCAUCUUCAUGGUUGUGGAUGUUUCUGCUGUGCCUGAGAAAUUAGUUUUGAAGCUUCAGGUCGCUCCUAAGCGUUUAGGUAUAAGAGGUUAUAAAGUCCAAGUUUGUAAAACAUUGAAAGAAAAUCCAUGGAUCGUGAAGACUGAAAAAGAACUUUAUCCGGAACCUGGUCAAAUUGAGUUAACGUACACUUUUGAAACUGGUUCUCGGUUUGGGAAGUAUAUGUUUACAGCAACUCCAAUCCAUGACAACUGCACGUCCAAGAAUCGUUGCAUUGUUUCAAAAACACCAUCUAUUCUAAUAGUAGAAAUGGUUGAGCCUAAAUUUCUGACUGGAGUAGUCAUUGUUGUCAUCCUUGUACCUAUUAUCCUCAUGGGGUACUUCAUUUGGAAGAAAAACUGUGAUACUACAAAAGAACCAAGGAGCUUGGGCUACAUUAUGGCACGAUUUUCUGGAGGUGUUUUUAUGGACCCUCAUUUAAGAUCAGCAACGCCACCAGGACCACCUAGACUUCUCCUUAUGUACAGUUCCGCAUCAGUACAGCAUGUUAAAGCUAUGAUUGAAAUAGCUAAAUACCUGAAAGUUUGUGGGGUCAAUGCGAUGAUUGAUGAGUUGGGGAUUCCCGAAUCCAGCCAUAAGGAUCCAUUAAAAUGGUAUAUUGAAGCCUUCAAUGAGGCAGAUUAUGUGGCUAUUUUCGCUUCCCCGGACACAACAGCUGCUGAGAAGGAAGAAGCAAGGAGAUAUUCUAGAUACCAGCACAAGGAACAAAUAGCUCAGAACCAGUUAUCACAUAGGCUUAUUUCCACGGAGACAAAGUGCAAGUUUUUUUCAGUUGCCAUCCCUGGAACUAAUUACGAUACUCUACCUGCGGAAGCUGUCGCUCUGAAGAGGUACCUGUUUCCACGAGACUUGGACCCCGUGCUAGUGUUAGUGGGCUCUGCUUGCCAGUGUGACCAUGGUGCUGGGUUCCUCAGCGCCUUGGAACGUGCCGCCAAAGUGGAAGAAGUGGAGCCGCCCUUGCCACCACCGAUCCACCCCCCACCUAAAGCUGUGCCUCCACCCCACACCGAAGAGGAAGACGAUGGCAGAGCUGUAUCACCCUGCUGCAACACUCAUUCGGCCAGCGAGCUCGAUCUAGUCUCUUCAAAGCAAUAUCAGUCAGACACAGACGAUUCUGAUCAGAGUAUGGAUCAUUUCAGUUUUCUCGGACAAAUCUUCAAAUCUCGCAGGGGGUGUUCUAGUCUAGGUUGA